UUAAAUCAAUGUAAUUAAGAAAUUUUUAAUUAUAUAUUAACACAUUAAUUCAUAUUAACGACCAUAAAAACUCAAUAAUAAGAAUUAUUUAGACAUGGACAUUUUAAUUAAUAUUAAAAUUUUAAUGAAGAACGGUGUUCGUAGAUUGGAUUUGUCGAAUUAUGACAUUUUUAGAGUAAAUAUAAUUGUUCAGAGUGGUAGUUCUUAACACUUACCAAACCCAAUUCGAAUCGGGUUAUUUAUUUAAAUUUUUUACCUUCUAAACUAUUAAAGAUUAUUGCUUAAUUUUUGGAGAAUUUAUAUUUAAACUCAAUUUAAUCUAAUAAGUUUAUAAUUCAAUCAAAGAUUCGGAUUAGAUUGGGUUGAUAUGAUUUUGGAAGCUUAUCUUAGAUACAGACCCAGAUGCGGAAGUGGUAGCGUUAUCGCCGGGAACGUUAAUGGCAACGAAUCGGUUUGUGUGUGAAAUAUGCAACAAGGGAUUUCAAAGAGACCAGAACUUGCAGCUACACAGGCGAGGCCACAACCUGCCAUGGAAGCUGAAGCAACGGACGAGCGGGAGCGACACGAGGAGGAGGCGGGUGUACGUAUGUCCAGAAACGUCGUGCGUCCACCACAACCCAGCGAGAGCGCUCGGAGACCUCACCGGAAUCAAGAAGCACUUCAGCAGAAAACAUGGGGAGAAGAAUUGGAAGUGUGAGAAAUGCUCUAAGAAAUACGCAGUUCAUUCGGACUUGAAAGCUCAUCUCAAAACCUGUGGCUCCAAGGAAUACAAAUGUGACUGUGGCACUGUCUUUUCCAGGAGAGAUAGCUUCAUAACCCACAGAGCAUAUUGCGAUGCCUUAACAGAAGAAAGCAACAAACUAGCUAGUCGAGGAGCAACAAUGGCUGCCUCGCCGCCCAUAACGCUGCCCCACCACGACCUAAUGCCUAUCCCUCCAAAGCCCUUUAACCUUUCAGCCGGGUCCAUGUUUUCAUCCUCCAUUUCCAACGACCACCACUUUCCCUCCUCCUCCUCCGCCGCCCUCAUGUCCGCCACUGCCUUGCUGCAGAAGGCGGCGCAGAUGGGAGCUGCCGUCAGUUCGCCCAUAAUCCAACAAAAGAACGGUUUCGUUACAACAAUGGCUCCUUCUUCAUUUGGUGGGAUGUUGCCCACCACCUGUUUGCAGAAAUGCCCACAAGAAAACAUUGGCGGAGGUGUGGACAUGGAGAUGAUCGAUGACAUUCUGAUGCUCAAUGGGAUGUUCGAUAAGCCGAUCGGGGAGGGGGCGAGGAAGACGAUGACGUUGGAUUUGUUGGGGGCUGAGGGAGGGAAGGGGAGGAAGUUUCAGGCGGAAGAAAGUGUAGGGUUUGGAGGGGUUAUGGAGAAUGUGGGUUACUUUUGCCACCAAGGGGCCAUGGGAAAGCAAGGUCAUAUGUGACUUCAUUGUUUAUGUGGUUCUUGGUAGAAACAUUUAAGAAACAAAUUGUUCACAAUUAUGAAUAUAGAUUUAUAUGCUUAUAAGAAAGUAA